UCCCCGGCCGGCCUGGGGGCCGGCGAUGCCCGCCGAGGAUGCUGUGGUUCCCGGUGAAGAAGGUCCGGAAACAGUUUAAGCUGCUGCUGCUGCUGGUGCUGGUCACCUGCGCCGCCUGGCUCACCUACCUGCACAUCAGCCUCGUGCGCCAGGGACAAGCGCUGCGUCUGCGCCUCGGAUACGGCCGAGAUGGCGAGAAGCUGGGCACGGUGACAGACGCCGGGCGGCGGGGGGCCGGGGUCCCCGCCGUGACGUCUUCGCGGCAAGCCGAAGACUCGAGCGAGAGCCGGGAGGACGACCAGGCGAUGGAGGGGCCGGGGCUGAGGGGCCGGUUGCCCAGGGGUCCCGGGGCCAGGAAGCCCCCGCUGCUGAACCUCACCCGCCAUGCCACCCCCUGGCACGAGGAGUACAGAGGGAAGGCCAACCUGCACGUGUUUGAGGACUGGUGUGGCGGUGCUGUGAGCCACCUACGCCGAAAUCUGCACUUCCCUCUCUUCCCCCACACCCGCACCACGGUGAAGAAAUUGGCCGUCUCCCCCAAGUGGAAGAAUUAUGGGCUGAGGAUCUUUGGUUACAUCCACCCAUUUAGAGAUGGUGAUUUCCAAUUUUCGGUCGCCUCUGAUGACAACUCCGAGUUGUGGCUGAGUUCUGACGAGAGCCCCGCGGGGGCCCGACUGGUGGCAUUCGUGGGCAAGGCGGGCUCAGAGUGGACGGCCCCCGGAGAGUUCACCAAGUUCAGCUCCCAAGUCUCCAAGCCGAUGCGCCUCAUGUCUUCCCGACGCUAUUACUUUGAGCUGCUCCACAAACAGGACGACCACGGAUCGGACCACGUGGAAGUCGGCUGGCGGGCUUUCCUCCCCAGCCUGAAGUUCGAAGUCAUCGACUCCCCAUACCUCUCGCUCUAUACAGACGAGACGACUCUGAAGAUGAACGAUGUGUCCCACGUGCCACAGUCCCUGGCCAGCCAUGCGGGGGGCCACAGGUGGGGGCCGCCGCGGGAGGACCAUGGCGCUGACAUGCUGAAGCCGGACCCUCGGGACACGUUCUUCCUCACCCCACGCAUCGAGCCCUCCCACGUGGAGAACGUCCUGGUGCCCUGUGCCUACGCCCCAACCUAUGUGGUCAAGGACUUCCCCAUCGCCCGCUACCAGGGGCUGCAGUUUGUCUACCUCUCGUUCGUGUACCCCAACGACUUCACCCGCCUCACCCACAUGGAAACUGAAAACAAGUGCUUCUACCGCGAGUCGCCCCUCUACCUGGAGAAGUUUGGCUUUUACAAGUACAUGAAGAUGGAUGAGGAGGAGGAGGAGGAGGAGGAGGGAGACACUCAGCGCAGAGCCUUCCUCUUCCUGAACCCGGACAACUUCCUGGAGGAGGAAGAGGAGGAAGGGGCGGAGGACAGUCCAGAGCCCACAGAGGGCCCACCGGCCAGCGAGGAGCAGACCCCCGCCGCCGCUCCCGGGCCGGGCCUCGGGGGACUCGGGGGCCUCUCGGAAGGCGCCCCCUCGCCCUCCAGGCCGGGGAACUCGGAGGAGAGAGCCCUCCGGGGUCACCCCUCCGAGGCGGCCGCCCCCACCGGUGGGGCCCCCCGCCUCCUCCCCCCCGCUCCCAGCUGGAGCCGCCGGGACGUCGGGAACCCCCUGAGCCGGCUCCCGCUGCUGUCCGUGCCCCUCUUCCCGGGCCGGGCCAAGCUGCCCCGUGCGGCCCUGCCCCUGCCCCCGCGGGACCAGGCCGAGCCCCGGGAGAAGAUGCCCAAAGCCACGGAGAAGGUGUACGUGACCCGCCUGCAGCCCGGGCACCGCCGGAGACCCCCGGCCCCGGCCUUCCCCGGGGCCUUCCUCUACCCCAAGCCUCUGGCCCUGCGUCCUCGUUCGCCCCGCGCCCCCCGCCCGCCCGGCCACCUCCCCCGGGGGCCGGACCGUAGGCCGCCCGCCGCAGAGAGCCCAGACCCGGGCAGGGGUCAGCCGGAGCGGGCCGGGGUCCCGGGCCCCCAGACUCAGGCCGCAGAGCCCCGGCCUGCGGACCGCCGGGCCCGGGCCACCGUGCCCGCGUCCGAGACCGCCCCGACGGAAGAGGCGCGGACCACGUCGUUCCUCGCCGUGUCCGAGGCGACUGAUUCCCGGCCGGGGGGCGAGGGGAAGCCGGCCCGGGAGGAGGGUGGGGAGGAGGAGGAAGAGGAGGAGGAGGAGGAGGAAGGGGAGGAGGAGCUGUCGGACUACAGCUACGAGGCGGCCGGCGAGCUGCGGCCGGGCUGGCCGGAGGAUGCCAUCAACUGGCAGCGCACGUUCAGCGUGGGCGCCGUGGACUUCGAGCUCCUGCGCUCCGACUGGAACGACCUGCGCUGCAACGUGUCCGGCAACCUGCAGCUGGGCGAGCCCGAGGUCGUCGACCUGGUCGCCCAGUACAUGGAGAAGCUCAACGACAAGAACGGAGGGAUCUACACCCUGCUGAAAAUCGUCAACGUGGAGAAGCGGAGGGACACGGCGAGGGGCAACCGCUACCUGAUGGAGCUGGAGCUGCUGGAGCGCGGGCGGCGGAAGGUGCGGCUCUCCGAGUACGUCUACCUGCUCCUGCCCCAGGGCCGGGGGUCCGACAGCGCCGAGGACUCGCCCACCGGCCCCGCGUCCACCCUCUCCCCCCGGCCCAGCCCCGACGGCAAGGCCGUUCUAUGCCGGCCCCUGAGGCUCGGCUGGCGCCAGGACGUCAUGGUGCAUUUCGUGGUGCCGGUGAAGAACCAGGCCCGCUGGGUGCAGCAGUUCAUCUCCGACAUGGCCGAGCUGUUCGCCGUCACGGGCGACCCCCACUUCAGCGUGGUCCUGGUGGACUUCGACAGCGACGACAUGGACGUGGAGCAGGCCCUGAGGGAUGCCCGCCUGCCCCGGUAUCAAUAUCUGAAGCGGAUGGGGAACUUCGAGCGUUCGGCCGGGCUGCAGGCCGGGGUGGACUCCAUUGAGGACGAGGGCGGCAUCGUGUUCCUCUGCGACCUGCACAUCCACUUCCCCGCCAACAUCCUGGACAGCAUCCGCAAGCACUGCGUGGAGGGCAGGCUGGCCUACGCCCCCAUCGUCAUGCGCCUCAGCUGUGGGAGCUCGCCCCGGGAGCCCAACGGCUACUGGGAGGUGAACGGCUUCGGCCUGUUCGGCAUCUACAAGUCCGACUUCGACCGGGUCGGGGGGAUGAACACGGAGGAGUUCCGGGACCGCUGGGGCGGGGAGGACUGGGAGCUGCUGGACAGGGUCUUGCAGAGCGGGCUGGAGGUGGAGCGGCUGCGGCUCAGGAACUUUUACCAUUACUACCACUCCAAGCGUGGCAUGUGGAACGCCCGCAGCAAGAAAACUCCCCGGGACUGAUGCCAGGCGACCCCCGGGACCCUCCCCCCAGGCCUCGCCCCGCACAGAGGACCCCCUCCCCAACCAGGCUGUCCAGGCUGCGACGAGCUGAAGGGGGUCUCCGGACCCGCCAGCCGGAGGCCGCGUUAUUUUGUGAUUUUUCUUUCUUCUUCAAGGGUCUGAUUUCUUAGAGACGUGGGUCCCCGGGGGCCGUGGGGCGGGGGCCGCUAAGCAUGGGGGGAGGAUCCCCUUUCCCCCUUCAGACCCAGUGUUGCCCACCCCCACCUAGUCUCCUUGCCCCCCCGGCAUCACUGCCAAGGAAGGGAGCUCCUAACCUGGAGACAAGCCCACUCCCCAAGGCACCUCUUGGAAAUGGUGCCUUGGGGGAGGGGGCGGAGAUUGAAGAGUCGGGGGUCGCCCCCUCACCAUGGGGUGGGGGGGGAGGUCUGGCAUCCCUUCAACUCGGUCCCCCCCUUCCCCGGGGGGGGAAAGGAUGGAGGAGGAGCCGGAGGGAGGCCCCACACUGUUUCUGAGAUAAUUUCUGUGAAAUUACGGUGUAGAAAGAUGUUUUCAGAAGGUUACGUCUGUUUUGUUUUUUAUUAAACAAUAAAACGAAAUGGUUUUUCCUUUGGUUC